UCCCUCGGGUCUGCUUACGGAGCUGGACCAAGCCUGACUAAGAGGGGAACGAAUCAUCAGAAUCGCGCAAUCUUCUACCUCGUCCGGUUUUAUCCUGAUAGAAUAGCAACUCUAUCACUUCGUUACCCUCUCUGUCACUUCUGAUUCUCAAUCCUGGCCCGACCAUCAUGGCUGCGACCGCCAACAGCGUUAACAAUGGCUCUCCGCGCCCAAAUCCUCAGAUACAGCCGUGUCGAUACAAGGUGGGAAAGACGCUGGGCGCGGGCUCAUAUUCUGUCGUGAAGGAGUGUGUACACAUCGACACGGGGCGUUAUUACGCUGCUAAGGUGAUCAACAAGAGGCUUAUGGCUGGCCGCGAACACAUGGUUCGGAAUGAGAUCGCAGUACUUAAGAAGGUGUCCAUGGGCCAUCAAAACAUCCUCACGCUCGUCGACUACUUCGAAACCAUGAACAAUCUCUACCUCGUAACCGACCUAGCUUUGGGAGGCGAGCUCUUCGAUCGGAUCUGUCGCAAAGGGUCAUACUACGAGUCCGACGCCGCCGACCUGAUCCGCGCGACCCUCUCGGCGGUCGCGUACCUCCACGACCACGGCAUCGUGCAUCGAGACCUCAAGCCGGAGAACCUGCUCUUCCGCACCCCCGAAGACAAUGCCGACCUGCUCAUCGCUGACUUCGGGCUCUCACGCAUCAUGGACGAGGAGCAAUUUCACGUUUUGACGACAACCUGCGGUACCCCCGGAUACAUGGCGCCCGAGAUCUUCAAGAAGACGGGCCACGGCAAACCGGUCGACAUAUGGGCCAUGGGCGUGAUUACGUACUUCCUACUGUGCGGGUACACGCCGUUCGACCGCGACACGGAUUUCGACGAGAUGCAAGCGAUCCUCAACGCCGACUAUGCCUUCCAGCCGGCCGAGUACUGGCGCGGCGUCAGCGACCACGCCAAGGACUUCAUCGGCCGGUGCCUCACGGUCGACCCCAACAAGCGCAUGACGGCGCACGAGGCGCUGUCGCACCCCUUCGUCGCCGGUUACAGCCUCGGCCCGGACGGCAAGGGCCCGAACCUGCUGCCGGCGGUGAAGAAGAACUUCAACGCGCGGAAGACGCUACACGCGGCGAUCGACACGGUGCGGGCGAUCAACAAGCUGCGGGAGGGCCAGGCACACGCGCACCUCAUGGACGGGUUGCGGUCGGCCGAGCCCGGACGAGGCGCGCCGCCCCUCGGCGGCGGCAUCAAUAACAGUAACGGCGAUUCGGGGUACGCCAGCGGGCAGAGCACCGACGUCGACAUGGGGGGAGUCGCGCCGGCCUCGGGGGUGCCGGCGAGCCUGCGACCGGGGGCGGUAGCGAACCGCGUCGUCGAGACGUCGAAGGGCCUGUGGAGCGCUAGCCAGCCGAGGCGGUAAGGGAGGAUCCUGCGGGGGGGGCAGGUAUACAGAUAGGUGUACGACGGGAUUACCGUGGGAGUGGGAGGCGAUCUACGUAGCCGCGGCGGGCGGCGACAAGGAUAU